AUGUCAUCAACUAAUGACUCCAAGGAUCGGAGUCCAACUACCUCAAUUGGAGUUGGAAUCCUCAAGAUACACUUCACCACGACGGACGUGGACUAUUUCAUCAACGACAAGCCGGAGGACGCUAAACUUAAGGCCAAUUGGGCCCGCAAUAACAAAGCAGUUUGCGGUAUUAUCUCCCAGACUAUCCAUCCAACUAAUCUCCGCAACGUCCGCCAUCUCAAGCACAACACCCAAGGUCUCUGGGAAGCACUCAAGUGCGCUCAUCAGGAUUCAUCGGAUGGGGGAGUCACUUACACUACAAACAAUACCGAUUUUGCCCCAAGGAAAAAUGGCAAUUUGGAUGGUGGAAAAUAG